AUGUCCAUCCCCCUCGACUGCCUGCGGCUGCUCAUGAGCACCCCCAAACUUCGGAUCUGCACCCUUUUCAUCAUCACCUUCAAGUUCACCUGCUUCGUCUCCCUCGCCAUCUACUGGCACGUGGUGGGGGAACCCAAGAGUCAAGGUCACCUGUACAGCCUGCCUGCUGACGUCCCCUGCCCCCAGCUGGCGACGCCCACGCCGCCCCCCAGCAGCUCCCCACCCGGCAACAUCUUCUUCCUGGAGACGUCGGAGCGGACCCACCCCAACUUCCUGUUCAUGUGCUCCGUGGAGUCGGCGGCCCGGGCCCACCCCGAGGUCCCCGUGGUGGUGCUGAUGAAGGGGCUGGCGGCGGCCAACGCGUCGCGGCCCCGGAACCUGGGCAUGGCGCUGCUCGGCUGCUUCCCCAACGUGCAGGUGCGCGCGCUGGACCUGCGCGCACUGUUCCUGGGCACCCCGCUGGCCGCCUGGCACGCCGCCGCGCGCCGCCGCUGGGAGCCCUACCUGCUGCCGGUGCUCUCGGACGCCGCCCGCAUCGCUCUGCUCUGGAAGUUCGGCGGCAUCUACCUGGACACCGACUUCAUCGUGCUGCGCAGCCUGCGGAACCUGAGCAACGCGCUGGGCGCGCAGUCCCGCUACGUGCUCAACGGCGCCUUCCUGGCCUUCGAGCGCGGCCACGAGUUCCUGGCGCUGUGCAUGCGGGACUUCGUGGAGAACUACAACCGCUGGGUGUGGGGCCACCAGGGCCCGCAGCUGCUCACGCGCGUCUUCAAGAAGUGGUGCGCCAUCCGCAGCCUGAGCGAGCGCAGCGCCUGCCGGGGCGUCACCACCCUGCCUCGCGAGGCCUUCUACCCCAUCCCCUGGCAGAACUGGAAGCGGUACUUCGAGGAGGUGGGGCCCGAGGAGCUGGCACGGCUGCUCAGCGCCACCUACGCCGUCCACGUGUGGAACAAGAAGAGCCAGGGCACUCGCUUCGAGGCCACGUCGCGGGCGCUGCUGGCUCAGCUCCACGCGCGUUACUGCCCCACGACGCACGAGGCCAUGAAGAUGUACUUGUGA